AGUUUAGUGCAAGUGGACAUAAAACUUUAUAUUUUAACACAGGGCGCACGAUGCUACGAUACAAACACACGUUCCUAUUCUAUGUAACAAUUCAAACUCGAUUACAGUUUUCGAUGCAUCGAAUGCUAUCCGCGCCGGCAUCAGUCAGUCGGCUCCGAACCUUCGUAUCGGCACGACGUGACACUGUGUCGUAAGGCACACAGCCUGGCGAAAAUCUUCAGUAGCCGGCCGUGCUUGGAUAAGCUGGUUCCUGGACAAGUGACAGUGCGAGAGUGAGUGAACAAAAUAUAUCACAAACUCUAAUUUCCCAUCACGACUUUGAAGACGAUCCGCCAAAAAAUUAUUUGCCGAAAACUUUGCAUUAUAUUUCAGAAGUGCAAGAGCUGGGAUGUCUCACUUGUUACCGUCUGAACUCCUAAAGUGCUGAGCCAAAACAAACAUGUCGUGGCUUCGCGUCUCUGCGUGUUUCCUAGCGGUGUUAGUGCUAGUCGCACCAUCACUGGCUGGAAUUUGUCCAGAAAGUUGCAUUUGCACCAACACUCGGGAUGGACUACAUCGCGCUACCUGCAGUAACCUCGAUGAAAUCUACAAGUUCACUCUGCGCCAAAAACAUCACAAUAUUAAUAUUUUGGAUCUUUCGCACAAUAAUAUUACCAAGCUUUCCCAUGAGUUAGACCGGCUAACAGAGAUUGUCACUUUAGAUCUAUCUACGAAUGGUAUCACUGACAUUAACAAGUUCCUGAAUAAUGCUAAAAAAUUGGUACACCUUAAUUUGGCUAACAACAGAAUACGACGAAUUACGCUUGCGUAUCUACCAGCAAGUGUUAGUUCAUUAGAUUUAACUAACAACCUGCUGCGAGACUUGCCUUCUGAUCUCGAACACUUAAGCAGCUUGGAGCACUUUGAAUUAGAUGGUAAUCCGCUUGAUUGUUCUUGUACAAAUAUUAGAGCGCGCGAUCGUUUGCUUUCGAGAAAUGUAUUUAUUGACAAAGUAAAAUGUUCUACGCCGGCGAAAUACGCAGGUCGUUCUUGGCUGCAGCUUAAGACAAAAGAAAUGUGCACAGUAUCUCAAAAUGAUAACUUGGAUGUGAUGAUGGGAGAUCAACCAUUUGAUGUAGAAAAGAUCGGUGAUGACACUACUGCAUUGAAAUCCAUGGCUCUGGUGUCAAGUGAUGUGUUAGAAGGCAAGGUUAUUCAUCUAGAAAAAUCGACGGAAGACGACGAUAAUGUUCAAUUCAUGAAGGUAAGCCAUACCACUUCACCAUCGUCUCUUUCUGAAAUUGAGGGAUCAGGCGCAGAAGAAGAGAGUACAACAAUGUUCAGUGUAAGUGAUAUUCACCAGGAACAAAGGAUUAAUGCAAACCUAAUGGCUACUGAAGAAAUACUACCAGUUACAAAUACACACACCACAGAAGAUCAUAUUGAAGGCUCUGGUGAAGGAUCUGGCUUUGGUAUUAUAGAUUAUGAAGACGAACCUACAGUUGAGACAACAACGCCACUUUUACCUGAUUUGGAACCUGAACCAGUGCAUACCUAUUUUGAUAAUGAAAGUACUGACAAUAAUGCUACUGAAUUUCCACCAGUUCAGACGCCUAGUCUCUUUCAAGGAGGUCAUGACUGGCAUAGGAGAACUGAAUCGCCUGUUACCGAUAGAGUUGCUACACCAAUGAUGACUCCAGAUACAACAAUUUCAGAAACUCUGUCUGCAACUAAUACUAAAGGAUUAGAAUCAAUAACAAACGCGAAUGACAAACCUGUGCCUCAUAAGACUGGCACAUACGUUUGUGUUGCCAUUAUUAUUGUGCUUUUAGUAGGAUUAAUUGGGUUUGCUAUUAUGAAAGGGCAAAUUAGGAAACGAAGAGACAGGAGACUUUUAAGACAACAAAAGAGAGAUAUCGAAGCGUCUAAAGAAAUGGUUGAUAUGAAUAAAUCACUAUUAGGUAAACCUGCUGCUGUAGAAACUCCAAUAGAAAAGAAAGUUAACGGUAACUAUGAAUUAGUACCAACUCAUGAACCCCUUCAAAAGAAAGAAAAUAGUGACUUCUCUAACGGCAAAAGCCACGGAGAUACCAAUGACCAUAGAACUAACAGCCCAAGGGACACCAAUCAAAACAAAAGUAACUCAAAAGACCACAAUUAUGCACCUAAUAAAACUCCUACGCCAGUUCAGGAUUUAUCUUUUGAAUCUGCGACGUUACCAGAUUCUAAAAAAGAUACAAAUUCACUAUCUAGCGAAGAUAUAUUUGUUCCUAUGCAUCAAGAGCCAUCGAGAAUGAAUGGUAUCGCUGAUUCCGACUUAUCUCAACCAUUAAUAAACGGGGACCAAAAUACUGAUUCUGAUUUCUUGUCACCCUCUCGUGAAUAUGUUCCAGUAUACUCUCCUGAUAUGGGAAGAGUUAGGAUUAAGUUGUCGGAGACGCCGAAACCGAAAACUCCAGUACUAGUCACCAGAAGUAGGUCAAACGCUGGAGAUAUCGUGAUUAUCCCCUCAAUUGAUGGAAAAAUAAAAUCAACCACUUGAAACCUAUUUCCAAUUUGAAGGACUAAAACACUACAUAUUUAAUCAGUGUCAAUUAGCAAACAUUUUCACUAUUGGCAAAAUUCUGUGAUUAAAUUCUUGUGCAAAAAUUGCGGGAACUCAGAAAUGAGCGACUGAUGUCGGUAC